AUGACCACUCACAGUCCCGCCCCCGUCUCCGGGCCUGCCUUUGCCAGGACGUCCACCCGUCUCUACGUCCUCGGCGGCAACCCCCUCGACGGCAACAACGGACCCCCUCUUUCCCAAUUCUACUCCCUCGAUCUCACCUCCCCCUGGAACACCACCACCCCAGCCUGGACUGAACUCGCCUCUGGUCCAGCCCAGGCCAUCUUCCCCGCCGCCUUCUCUCAAGACCAAACCAAAAUGAUCGUCUUCCACCUCACAGCUGCACCAAACGCCUCUCGCUACGAUAUCAAUACCAAUGCCUGGACUCGUUCCAGUGCUAUUCUUCCAGGAAGCGACUUUCAAGGAAUCGGCGCUGUCACCGAUACCAACACGGGUGUUGUCUACAUGACUGCCGGCUACACCACUCGGUUGCGCGAUUCGCUGGACGUCUACAAGUUUUCCGCGGACUCUGCCACCAAAACAUAUAUGCCUGGUCCCGAUAUAGUUCUCCCAGCAAGAGCUUACUAUGGCAACGUGUGGUCCAAAUACAGGAAAAGCAUUCUUUAUUUUGGCGGAUACAAUAUCCUAAGUCAACCUAUUGUCGGCGGCAACAUUGUCACCGAACUGGUCACUGCGACCCAGACCUGGAACACCCUGACCACCUCGGGUCCUGCCCCUCCCAUGAGAGCCGACCAUUGUAUGACAACCAACGAGGACGGGACUAUGAUGGUCGUAUUUGGCGGAAGACCCACGGACCCAGGACAAAAUGGACAAAAUCUCCCCUACCUCGGCGACGUUUACAUCCUCAACACCAUCACCCUCACCUGGACUCAGGGCAACCCAGGAGAACCCAGGAUAUACGCCGCAUGUACCGUCUCCAACAGCCAAUUGAUCGUCUGGGGCGGAACUGACAGCAACAAUCUUGUUGCUCCAGCAAAGGCGCUGGUUUACAACCUCACCAGCGCAAGCUGGAUCUCGAGCUUCACGCCAAAGACGACCGUAUCAGAGACAGCGACUGACGACUCGCACGUCAAUGCUGGAGCAAUUGCUGGAGGUGUUGUCGCCAGUGUUGCGGUGAUCUGCGCCUGUGUUCUCUUUUACGUCUUUCGACGACGACGCCAUGCCAGAACCCUUGUCCGGACCACCAGCGACAACGAAGACUCGAACGACAACCAACCUAAACCUGCCGCUUCACCAAAAACGCGCGAGGACGAUGAGCUUCAGAGACUGCGAGUUCAAUUGCAGAAUCAGCAAGAGCAACUGGAUCUUCAGCGACGACUCUUGGCGCUGCAGCAACAGCAGCAACAUCUUCAGACACCAUUGCAACAGUCGCACGUGUCGACUCCAUCACAGCAACCACAAUUGUACCACGACCCAAGCUCAGGAUACCAACAGCCCAUCUAUUAUUCUCUCGCACCAAUGACUUCUCAGGCUUAUUCGGGAGAGAGUGAUCUCAACCAGAGUUAUAUUGGAUCAAAUCCACAGGCUUUGGUCAACCAUUUGACGCCCAUGCCCACGCCUCCCAUAGGCUUGACAUCAUUGUCCACUCCUGCUACUGUCGUCGCCACAAAGCCAACUGUUACAGCGGUACCCGCCUCGAAACCGAUACUUGCUCCACUAGGAAUGCGGCACGAUAGCAACUACUGGGAGGAGCGGCCACCUGGCAAUCCUCAUGCCAUCAUUACGCCCUAA